CAACCCAUUUUUAAGUUUAAUCUGCAUUAAAAUUUUCCCAUUUAUUUUUUCGAGUCUGGACAAUCAACAAGCUAAAUCAAUCUACUGUGUAGCUUUUGCCGAUUUCCAAAGCGUAAAGGGUUCACAUUAAACAUCUGAAGAGUCGGCUGUAAGAACCUCCAGCGCAGCACGUCAAGCAUCCCUAAAGGAUUUGUGAGUUUUGGCCAGGAAGUUCAAAGUCUGCGGCAGCCCAUACCUGCACGCUUUCAGUUCUGCCUAGAACUACAUUUCCCAGCAGGCUCUUCGCGCUCAGGCUUCCAGUACAGUCUACUGAACAGUCCAUCCAGUAAUGCAACAGGACGGCGCUAUCUUGGUGACGUCUUCGUUCUAAAUUCUCGGCUGGCUGCGGGGCUUCUAGUUCUGGCCCCCAGGACUUUUAGUCGGGCAGAAAAGAAGCGAGGGCGGGGGUAAACGGGGUAAAUAAAAUCUUCGUUGUAACUCUAUGUGACUAUUGUUCUUUGGUCUCUUCCUCGUCCUCCGGCCUCUUCCUCAUCCUCCGGCCUCUUCCUCAUUAGCAGCGUCCCGGAGCCCGACGUCGCUGGGCAGGGCCCGGCGUUGCGCAUGCCCACUUCCGAGGGAAACCGAGAGAUCAGAGCGCGGGAGCGCGGGAGGGUGAGGGGAGCGGCGGGUCGCGCGCUGGCGAGUCGAGCCGAGCGGAGCCGAGCGGAGCCGAGCCGGCGUCGCGCAGGGGUUUGCCUGCGCUUGUGCUCCAGUGCCCAGGCGGGUAGCAGUUUGCCUCUUUCCCACCAUGGCUGCGUUGCGCUACGCGGGUCUGGACGACACUGACAGUGAGGACGAGCUGCCGCCGGGCUGGGAGGAGAGGACCACCAAGGACGGCUGGGUGUACUUCGCCAAUCAUACUGAAGAGAAGACACAAUGGGAACAUCCUAAAACUGGGAAAAGAAAACGAGUAGCAGGAGACCUGCCUUAUGGAUGGGAGCAAGAAACAGAUGAGAAUGGACAAGUGUUUUUUGUUGACCACAUAAAUAAAAGAACCACAUACUUGGAUCCACGACUGGCAUUUACUGUUGAUGACAAUCCAAAGAAGCCACCAACCAGGCAGAAAUAUGACGGCAAUACUACUGCUAUGGAAAUACUUCAGGGUCGUGAUUUCACUGGAAAAGUGGUUAUAGUUACUGGAGCUAACUCAGGAAUAGGAUUUGAAACAGCCAAGUCUUUUGCCCUCCAUGGCGCCCAGGUCAUCCUGGCCUGCAGGAACAUGGCAAGAGCUAAUGAAGCUGUGUCACGCAUUUUACAAGAGUGGCACAAAGCCAAGGUGGAAGCCAUGACCCUAGACCUUGCUUCUCUCCGAAGUGUGCAGAACUUUGCUGAAGUGUUCAAGUCUAAGAACAUGUUUCUGCAUGUGUUGGUCUGCAAUGCUGCUGUCUAUGCCCUGCCCUGGAGCCUCACAAAAGACCAUCUCGAGACCACCUUCCAGGUGAAUCACCUGGGACAUUUUUACCUUGUCCAGCUCCUUCAGGACGUGUUGUGUCGCUCGGCCCCAGCUCGCGUCGUUGUUGUCUCUUCAGAAUCUCAUAGGUUUACUGAUAUUAAUGAUUCCUCAGGCAAACUUGAUUUGAGCCUGCUUUCUCCAUCUAAGGAAGAGUACUGGGCCAUGCUGGCAUACAACCGUUCCAAGCUCUGCAAUAUACUAUUCUCUAAUGAGCUUCACUGCCGCUUGUCUCCCCAUGGAGUCACGUCUAAUGCUGUGCAUCCUGGAAAUAUGAUGUACUCAUCCAUUCAUCACAACUGGUGGGUGUAUACCCUGCUCUUUACCUUGGCCCGGCCUUUCACCAAAUCCAUGGACAUUGCAAGGAUCCUGUCAAGGAAACAUUCCAUCUACCAGGUCGUUAUUGAAAUGAAAGGAACUGGAAAUCAGCAUUACACCAUAGAGAAUGGCUGUGCCUCACCUUACACCAGCACAUGGAAAUCAGUAGCCAAUCUGACAACAAGGAGCCGCCACCACCGUCUACUGCGCCGUGGCACCCGAGUUGGAGGGCCUGGGAGGAAUGUAUUUCAACAACUGCUGUCGCUGCUUGCCUUCAGCAGAGGCCCAGAAUGAAGUGACGGCGAGAGCCUUGUGGGAGCUCAGUGAGAGGCUGAUCCAAGAGCGGGUUGGCAGGCAGACCAGCUGACAGGGACCUCCUGUAAGGAUCAAAACACACCAAGUGGAUGUGUGCGCACUAGAAAACUGCCAGCUCUGGAACCUUUCCAAGCUUAUCAUCUAGAGGGUUUCCAUAUACCUCGGUUACAGAUUAGCUAGUGUUAAACAGAAUAAUAGCAGUCACAACAUAGUGAAAAAUGUUAAGUACUAAUGGGAAGUAGGGAAUUCUGUAGGUUAAAGGGACAAUAUCUCUUUCUGGGGCUUACUUUUACUUUUCCUUAGGAUUGUAGCCUUUGCGAAGUAGAGCCCGCAGUGAAAUGCGGGGUAUCUUUUGUGCUACUUUAGAAGUACAUGCUAACUUUUUCAUUGAUUUCCCUGGCUAAGUGUUCUGCAAAUCACCAACACACAAUCCCCUUCCUCUCCUUCCCCAGCCCCUUUGGGGAAGGAGAUGUCUUUGAGAAUUGAUUUUGAUCAGGAAAUAUCUGUUUCAUGCAACCUGACCAAAUUGGAUAGGGCUUGGCAAUAGGAAGAAAGGAGAAUUUCAGGUCCCCUUCCCCUCUACCCCCUUUACUCUGGACAACAAAUGCCUCAGUCAUGGUUAGGAAUAUGUGGUGCUGAGCUAGCAAAUAUAUACACAGAAAGCAGUGGUCAUUCCCUCCCCUGCUGAUUAAAUAUUGAAGAGUAUUUUGAGAUAACAAAAAAGUAUAUCACACACUAUUCCCUAAAAGGCUUAGUUUAGAAUCAGGAAAAAAGAUCCCAGGUCCUGAAGAAUCCAGAAAGGUUGUCAGGGGGUUGCCCUCCACGGAGACUUCUAAGGAGGAUCUUUCUGAAGUUCAGUUACUCAGUUCUCCCGAUGCCAGAUCCUGCUUGCAUUUGCCUCUGUCUUUCAUCUUUAUGUUUUAAUAAAAGAACAUGCUUGAAUAUUGUCACCUGAAGAGAACAUUUGUAUUGUUCCUUUAAAUGUAUGUUUCUCUUUUUUUCUCUUUAAAAAAACAAACAAGGAAAAAUAAAUAGCUUCUUGUAGAUGCCGUGAAAAGAA